CACUCUUUCCCCCCUAACUCCAAACACCAAUUUCCCUUCAUCCUUUUUCUCUCUCAACUUUCUCUCUCUAAAUUUUCUCACUCUAAAAAAUUUAUUGGUGUGCCCAAUAAUGUGCAAGCAAGAAGGCAUAGAUGAUGGGUUUACCUCUAGCAAAUGCAAUUCAAACCAAGAAACAAAUUACCAAAUAAAUAUAACCAAUAAAAAUGACCAAUUAUCCAAUUUGCAUGUCCCAUUGAUACCCAAAUCUCCAACACCAAGAAUAUCCCAUUUAAAUCAACAUUAUGAGGAUACAACACUAUUUAUCCCUAACACAAAAUCCCCACAUGACCAAAACCAUCCACCGCCUCUUAAAUCCACAUUAAAAGAAGCAAAAUUAAUAUUUAACAUUGCCAUACCCAUGAUUUUAACCGGUCUAUUAUUAUACUCACGUUCCAUGAUCUCAAUGCUAUUUCUCGGUCGUCUAAGCGAACUGGCUUUAGCAGGUGGGUCGUUAGCGAUUGGCUUUGCUAACAUCACUGGCUACUCGAUUUUAUCCGGGCUAGCCAUGGGCAUGGAGCCCAUAUGUGGUCAAGCAUUUGGUGCUAAAAAAUAUUCCAUUUUAGGCUUAACCCUUCAAAGAACAAUCCUCAUUUUACUCAUAACUUCAAUACCCAUUUCAUUUUUAUGGCUAAAUAUGGAAAAAAUCCUUCUUUUAUGUCAUCAAGAUCAAGCCAUUGCAAUCCAAGCUCAAGCUUACUUACUAUAUAGUCUACCUGAUCUUCUAGCACAAUCAAUUCUUCAACCAUUAAGAAUCUAUCUAAGAUCACAAUCAAUUACUCUGCCUCUUACAUUAACCGCAGCUUUAGCUAGUGUUUUACAUUAUCCUCUCAAUUGGGUUUUUGUAAUUAAGCUUAAGCUCGGCAUUAAUGGCGUCGCUUUAGCCGGAGUAUUAACAAAUUUUAAUAUGAUAAUUUUUCUUAUAAUAUAUAUGAUUUUCUCUGAAUCUUGUAAGAAAAGUUGGUGUUCUUUAAGUAAGGAAUGUUUAAAUGGGUAUGGGAGAUUGCUACAUUUAGCAAUUCCUAGUUGUAUUUCCGUGUGUUUGGAAUGGUGGUGGUAUGAAAUUAUGAUCCUUUUUUGUGGGUUAUUGGUAAAUCCAAAAGCAACGGUAGCAUCUAUGGGGAUUUUGAUUCAAACUACUUCAUUGAUUUAUAUUUUUCCUUCUUCAUUGAGUGUAAGUGUUUCUACUCGGGUUGGAAAUGAGCUCGGGGCGGGCCAGCCCGGUCGGGCUAAACGGGCUGCGAUUUCGGGUUUGGUGUUUAGUUUUGUGUUUGGGUUUUCGGCCCUUUUGUUUACCUUUUUGGUGAGGGAUAGAUGGGCAGGGAUGUUUACUAAAGAUGUGGAUAUUAUUAAGUUGACUUCAUUGGUUUUGCCCAUAAUUGGGUUGUGCGAGUUGGGCAAUUGCCCGCAAACGACGGGUUGCGGGGUGUUGCGCGGGACCGCUCGGCCGAAAGUGGGGGCUAAUAUUAAUUUGGGGUGUUUUUAUUUGGUGGGUAUGCCGGUGGCGGUUUGGCUCGGGUUUUUUGCCGGGUAUGAUUUUCAAGGGCUUUGGAUCGGGCUGUUGGCGGCCCAAGGGUCGUGUGUGGUGACUAUGAUGAUGGUAUUGAGUAGAACAAAUUGGGAAUUUGAAGCACAAAGAGCAAAAGAUUUUACCGAUCAUUCUUCAUCUCCUAUUUUAAUUCAAGGAGAAAAAUACAAAAUUCAAAAUAAUAAUGAUCAAACUUUACUUGUUUGAUUCAUUAAUACUUAUCUAUCUCAUUAAGUUUUCUACCAAAAACUUCAAUAUGAAGUUUAUGAAAAAUGCGAAAAACAUAGGAGAAUUUUGAAAUGUGUAGCAAAUUAGAGGGAUGGUGGGGAUAUUUUUUCUAAUUUAGAGGGUGAAAUUUUGUGUGUGGAAUAGGGUAAAAUAGAUUCUAUUUUUUCAUGUGUUUGAAAAGAUGGAUGGGAAAAAGGCAAAAGGAUAGUAUUUUUUAUUUUUUUUAAUUUGAUGGGUUUUGGAGGGAAUGUAAAUUUGAAACUUGGACGUAUAUAUUCUUUGAAAAAAGGAAAUACUAACUUUUAUAUAAGAAUUUGAAAUAUUUUUUAUCCAAUUAUUAUUUUCUAGCUA